CGGUUAUCCUGCGAACAGACAGCGCCGCAGCCCGAGAGGGGAUAUGUGUAACCUUAUCCUCCCGUUCAUUAAUAAAAAACGGAGUUAUUAUGUUGAUUGGGUUUCCAGUGGAGAGCACGGGCUCAGCAGAUGUAAUCUCGAGAAAAGAAGGAGAAAAAAAAAGAAACAGAGGACUGUUGUUUCAUUAUCAGAGCAGCCCUAAAACAAUGUGACUUCUUCUUAUUAGUAUUUCUCGUAAGUAAAGUGGAAACAAUCCAGCGUGCCUGUCUGUAUGACAUCAGCCACGUUUGAACAUUUAAACUGCAACUUUAUGCUUAUAAAUAGCUCAGUAAACUCUUUGUUCGGAGUGUGCAGUCUAUAUUUGCUCAUCUAACCUCCUGCACUGUGAACAAACACAAAAAAGAAACAACAAACCCCAGACAGUUUCUGUAUUGUUGUUUUGGAGGGGGAAAAAAACUUUGAUGAACUCAUUAAGACUUUAUAGGAAACCUGAGACCUAAACGCCCAGCUACGUCGGCCAACCUACACUGUUGGGUCUACUUCUUGGUGUUAUGUGCACGUACUGAAUAACUUCAAAUUGCUGGCCGGAAUGAACGCGGGUUUAAAAUUAAGUCCCAUUUAUGGAGUGGUGGAAAAACUCAGCUCAUUUGUGACAGCUUCGUGUGAAAAUAUCUUGUCAAAGAGCUUAUCUGAGGACCAUAGCAGUACACAAGGGCUGCUUAGAUCAUGGUUACAUGAUAAAAUUUAUGAUGCACUUUCCAAAAAAUGAAAAUUAGGGCCACAUUUCUGGUCAGAGUUGUGACCAAAUACCAUAUAAGUGAACUUGAUUGCCUUACAAUUACGCACAACCAAAACUACUUUUGCAUCUUGGGAAAGGAAGUUUCUGGUCUAUCUAUCUAUCUAUCUAUCUAUCUAUCUAUCUAUCUAUCUAUCUAUCGUGUUUCACAGGAGGGAGGGAAAGAGAUGGGAGGAAGGGAGAAAGAGAAGGAGUUCUUACUAUUCCACGGUCUCACACGCCAUCUAGUGGCCAAAGUUAAGAACUGGAUUGCUGUUAAUUUGGAGCUCUAGGUCUGUUGGUGUUAUUUUAGUAGUUAGGUUUCACAGUUGCUGAUUCAUAGGUCAAAAUGAACUAUGGACUUUUAAUGUUAAGAUUAUAAUUGGAAACCAAAUUUCAGAGUACUUUAACACUGAUAAACUCGAGUUUUGCAUAUUUAAGGACAAGCGUGUGGCCUCAAAUGAGAGCCAGUUAUGAUUUUACCAUGCUGUAUAUGUUGCUACUGUAUUUUCUUAAUUGUCCAGUGUUGCACACAGCGUGGGUGGGAAGCAGCGACUCAUUUGGAUAGCACAAAUCAAUCAGCAGCUAUUUGAAUGCCGGGCUCUCUGUGGCAGUGGCCGGGGUUGGCCUGGAGGCCGGGUAUAAUCCCUUAGUGAUGCUCAUCUAUUACUAAACGUGCUCUGAAACUGUGUCAGAUUGAAAACAGAUCUCAAGGAAGCAAGCUUCCACAUGUGUCAGCCAUUACUGCAGACAACUCUAAUUGCCUUUUCUAAGUGCUGCAUUGAACACAAGGGGGUCCUCUGGUAGAAAUUUUGAUAUCAUGUGCUGCGUGUUGUUUUUUUUUCUCCUUCCUUUUGGCAUUGUGUGCUAUACAUGUUGAACAUGACAAAACAUGUUGCAAGGUAAAUAGCUCCAACCGACACAGUUCUCGAGGAACUGAACAAAGACGGAUGCCCACAAGGGAGCAGUGGUAACGGGAGAGAACAAAUGUUGCUAUAGGUCAUACAUUUCUAUUCAAAUGUAGUGGGCACAUUUUCCUCUUUCAUCUCUCUUGUUUGAUGUUUAUUUUCCCUUCUAACGGUUCCUAAGAUAUCAUGCACGCUGUUUGUGAAGAUGAAGCCAUAAAGUGUGCUGACAUGUGCAGGGAGGCUGGGGAACAUUACUGAAUGUCUAAUAAUACUAGCCGUGCUAGUCCUUUCAUGCUGUAGAGAAACUUUUCAGCAUCUGUCAAAGGAGGCAUUUAUCACUUUAAUCCCCACCUGGCACAAAGAAUAAAUGCGAGGGUAAGUUACAUAUCCCUACCAUACAGCCGUGCUCUCAAAGCAGAUGAACAGGUGGUCAUCUAGAGACGUCAAAGCCAAACAGUAGACAGAGUCCACACACUCACCUGCUCCUAUUGUUCUGGGUGUUUCAUGCUCUAGGUGCGUUGUCAUGCACAAAGGCGUGUUUGAGCAGCGGUUAUUGCAGGCUUUAUCUUCUUCCUCUCUGUGAUUAGUGAUUUACGUUUUAUAGUCAAAAGAGCUGUCAUACUUGGACAGCUUGUCUAGUGGGAUGUGCCUGGAUUUAAUUAUAUUUGAAACAAUCUAGAUAGAAGAAAUGUACUCCUCCACCUCUUUGUGUUCGAUAUUUUCACCAACCAAAUCAACUGUCACAAAGCAGGUCCAGAGGCUCCAAAAGAGUACAUUUUAUUUCUAACAUUCCUCCAUAUGUGGUUCCUCCCUUGCUUUAUUAUUCAUGCUCGUUGUGUUAACUCGCUAGCCGCUUUUUUAUUAACUGCGAAAUCCAGCAGUGCACAUAAAAUGUUCCUUCACUGGAUGUAUAAAACAAGAGCAAACCAAUCAGUUGUCACAUUUAGCCUCUGGUAGAUAUAAGCCAGAGAUUCUCCGCCAGUCCCACAGCAAUUAAAUGAUUCAUUGGCUUUAUCGCAUUUUAACAGGAUGUUGAUUGAGAGCAUAAGCCAUAUUGAUUGUCCUGAUGGAAACAGGAAAUCACAGAGAUAGAAAUAAAAUCAUUUGUUGUUCCCGGUGUGAGGAUACCCAGGGGAAUGGCACGCAAUUGCACACUGUUGAGUGGCAUUACCCCCAGCAACCUCCUCCCCUCCAUUCUCUCCCCUAUGGAGACCUGGAAGAGACGUCAUCUGUGGUUGUUAUGCUGCGAAAUGACGCUGGCACUCUCUCCACCCCCUGCUACUGCAAUAUUACCCCUGUGGUCUGUUACGGAAGAUGCAGCACUCUUCGUCUGCACCAUUUCCAGCAUGAAGUUUGAUGCCUAACAGUAAUCAGCCCUCUGCCUUCAUUUCCUUCAUGUGGAAGUGGAACCAUUUGAGCCCAACGCUGAUAAUAAUAUCAGCCUAAAUGCAUCCUACACAUAAAGCUCGUGACUGGCCUCAAUCCCGUAAAAAACCUACAUGAUUUUCUGUGCUGGGGAAGCCUCACAGAAAAUGAUUGUUAUUGGAACCAAAACCUUAACAAUAUUGAAGUGUUAAUACGCUUGUUUUUGCAUGUUAAGCAGGCUUUUAUUAGCAAUGUUUAAUGAAAAAUUGAUAAUUAGCUCCUUAUUCUUGGCUUUGUCCUCAUUGUUGUUUUAAUUGGUGAGAGGAAAAAUACCCCCAUCUCCCUGCAAACAGAUACAAGCCAGCCCCUCCCCAUGCCCUCCCUCUAACACACACACUCACACACUCUGGAGGAGCACGUCACUGAGCUCGGGGAAUGAGCGGCUCAUUAAGAAGAAGGAAGUGAUAUUCGGAAUAGAGAAUGUGAGACUCCCAGCACGUCUAUUUUUAGACGAGAUAUCUCUAUGGCAGUCACUGCAGUGUUGGUUAAUUGCAGCCACGGCCCCAGAUACCAAUUAAGAAUGAAACAAAUGCUUUUAAGGUGGGGUUUCGCUCCUCCCUACUGUAAAGGUCCUCGUGUCCGUUCUGGAGUGGAGGCAGGAGUGUGUUUGCUCAGCGUGUUUUCCUUUAUCAAGUUGGGAUAUGCAGAGUGCAGUCAAAGCCGCGGCCAGGCUAUUUUUAAAUGAGCCCCUGUGGAAAGCAAGAUCUAGAUUUUCUUUUCAUUAUGGUUGCUUUUAUAUUCCAGGCUGUUGGAUGUCCACCAAUUCAUUGAUUUGCUGUGAAUCUUAGGUCUUCUCAAAGUUCCACCAGGUUAGAAGAGUGAUGACCAUCCUGUUCCUUACUAUGGUUAUUUCAUACUUCAGUUGCAUGAGAGCUGCGCCCCUGAGAGACGCCCCGGGCAUGCGGGGCCAUCGGACGGAAGGCUACUUGGGCGCCGCUGCGACGGCCGCGCGAGGCCAUGGGACUCCACAGAGUGGUGGCGGGCCAGGCCAGCGCGGGGAACUGCCCUCACUCACAGACACGUUUGAGCAGGUGAUAGAGGAGCUGCUGGAGGUGGAGGGAGAGGCGGCACAGCUGGGACAGGGGGCUGAUAAGAGCCAGGGAGGUGGGGGCCCAUCCUCUGUGGUCACCACAGAGGCCAAGGAUGUCGACCUGUACGACUCGCGGGUGAUGAUCAGCAACCAAGUGCCUUUGGAGCCGCCGUUGCUCUUUCUUCUGGAGGAAUACAAAAACUAUCUGGAUGCCGCUAAUAUGUCCAUGAGGGUGCGGCGACACUCCGAUCCCUCACGGCGUGGAGAGCUCAGCGUGUGUGACAGUAUUAGCCAGUGGGUGACAGCUGUGGAUAAAAAGACGGCAAUAGACAUGUCUGGGCAGACAGUUACCGUCAUGGAAAAGGUCCCUGUCCCCAAUGGCCAACUGAAGCAAUACUUUUAUGAGACCAAAUGCAACCCCAUGGGGUACACAAAGGAGGGCUGCAGAGGAAUAGACAAGCGGCAUUAUAAUUCCCAAUGCAGGACAACCCAGUCCUACGUGCGAGCGCUUACCAUGGAUAGCAAAAAGAAGAUUGGCUGGCGGUUUAUAAGGAUAGACACUUCAUGUGUAUGCACAUUGACCAUUAAAAGAGGGAGAUAGUGUAUAAAAUGUAUAGAUUUUAUUGAAGAGUUUAAAAAAGAGAAUAAAGAGAAAAUAUCUAUUUGUAUAUAUACAUAACAGGGUAAAUUAUUCCGUCAAAUGAAAAUUUUAUGGACUGCAUGUAAAAAAAGAUGAAGUUUAUACAGUAAAAGUGAUACUACAGUCUAUUUAUUGAACAUAUUCAUGACCUUGUAAACAAUUAAAAAAAAUCUGAUCAGUCA